AUGAAAUGGAACUGUGUGACAUCAUCCCAAGGAAGGAAAGACUUGUAAUUGCCAAGAAAAAUCAUAUUGUCAGGACCUGGUGACAUGAACCAGCAAUGGCUUCAUAUGCCUCCUCCAUAGGCAUGCCAUUUAUUGCCAUAGUGUUCAUACUAAUGAUCAAUGGAUACAGCUUCGAAAACUGUGGACUACGCCCUCUGGCGGCAGGGUAUGGAGGCAUGCGGAUUGUUGGCGGAGUAGACGCUCAACCAGGAGCAUGGCCGUGGCUUGUGAGCGUUCAGAUUCCAACUCGAACUGGUCAUCGACAUUCUUGUGGGGGAACUCUUAUUGAUAAGUUGUGGGUGCUAACAGCAGCACAUUGCUUCAAAGCUAGCAAAAGAUCUGUCCCCAAGUGGAGAAUAAUUGUGGGAGGUCACCAACUGUCUGCGCUCUCCCAAGAUGUCCAGAUACGUUCAAUCAAGUCGUAUAUUGUUCAUGAGAACUACAAUCCACGCAUAGAGGCCUAUGAUAUCGCCCUUAUUGAGCUCGAUUCACCAGUGGAAUAUAAUGACUAUGUGCAGCCAGCCUGUUUACCUACAACCACCAUGAACAUCAACUCAUUCCACCCUUGCUAUAUAAGUGGUUGGGGAGUCAUGGCUGAGAAAUCUGUAGAAACAGCAGAUAUUUUACAAGAGGCUAAAGUGAACCAAGUUGAUCUUGAAAGGUGCAACAGCACUGAGUGGUAUAAUGGUAUGAUUUGGAACUACAACCUAUGUGCUGGAUAUGAAGAAGGUGGAAUUGACAGCUGCCAGGGUGACAGUGGAGGACCCCUCAUGUGCCUUGAUGAAGCUACCUCUAAAUAUUAUGUGACUGGUGUCACAAGUUGGGGGAGCGGCUGUGCCAAGUCAAAGAAACCAGGUGUGUACAGCAACACCCAAUACUUUUUGGAGUGGAUCAAAGUAAAGUUGACAGAAGUCUUAUCGACUCUAACACCAACCACAACUACACAGAAAAAUAUUCUUCCUAUAAAGAAGACUACUGUCCCUCCUAAUGAGAAGUCACAGCCCACCCCUGUAGGUCAGCCUUGUAUUUCACAGCCUCCACGUCAGAAGCAUUUGAAGAAAAUAUUCGGAAAAUACAGUAAACUGAAAGGAAAGAUAUAAGCCUAUGGUUGGCUUCCUUGUAUUUUCUAAAAGCAAAUAUGAAAAAUACAUCUUUAUUGCAUCCAUGAGUGUUCAGUUUCUGUGUGCA